AUGUAUAAUAAUCAUUUUGAACUAGUUGGUGAUGAUCUAUUUGUAAACUUUUUGAUGGAUUAGCCACACAACAAUUUUCCUCAUGUUAAUAGCAAUUCCAAUAUUCAUUAUCCAUUCUGGGAUAAUGAAGGUCAACCCUAACAAGAAUUAUUAUUAGCCAAUUAACUUCCACCCCAGAAUCUUAGUAAAAAAUAAUAGAAAAAAAAGAAAAUGGAUGAAACUAUGUUCAAUAACAAAAACAACCUAAAGAACACUUAUAUAAAUAAGAUUACUAAUUUAAUACAAGAGACCAAAUCAACCGUCACUCCAAAAUAUGAAAGAAAAGCUUCUAUUUACACUGAAGAUUCAGCUUAAGCAAAACUCAUUCGCAAUAGAGAAUGUGCUAGGAACUCUAGAAAGAGAAAGAAGAUCUAUAUUGAAUUAUUAGAGACUAGGGUUAACACUUUAAACGAAGAACUUGAAAAGUGCAAGAGAAUCAUUAAAGGACAAACAAGUUGCUAGCAGCAAUUAGGCUCAAAUCACUUGUUAUAAAACUUUUUUUUGGGCAGAUAACAAUUGUUUGAAAAACUAGAAAAUGCUCUCAAAAAUCAAACAGACAAUAAUGAAAUCAAUCUUCUCUUAGAUUCUAUGAGAUUUAGAGUUGGAGGAGGAGGAAAAGAAAGAGUCAAUGCUUCCAACUAUUUCUUUCAAUAAAUCAUGGAAAUCUGUUUCCCCAUACAUGUUAGAUAUAUGUUGUGGGCAGCAACUUCUGAAAACUAAGAACCUACUUGGCUUACUAAUUUAUCUAAAGAAAUCAAUCUCACUGAAGCAUAAAACAAAUCAUUAAAAAAACAAUAUAAGCGAAUUCAAACAGACAAAGAUAAACUUGAAUAGUAUAUUAAAUAUUUAUCCCUAGAUUAAUUAAAUAAUUCUAAACUGUUAAGGAUAAUUUGUAUUCGAAAACCCAUCAGUUAGAGAAUUUCAUAGAUGAACUUAGGAGCAUUCUAUCUCCGACUCAAAUCGGUACUUUUCUCAUUGGUCUUGAAAAAGUAUCUCACUUUAAUUAGUUUAUAAUAGAACAAAUUUUAAAAAGAACUGAGUAUAUCUAAUCUCUGGAAAAUAUUCGAUGAAGAGUUCGAAACUGAAGUCAAAGAAGAAGACUCACUUCAGCAGGAUUCUUAAUAAAAAAAAGUACAUUUAUGA